GCCGUCACCAAAAAACUUUCAAGAUCAAUUGCAUCUUCGACUUUCACGUCGUUCGUCGACUUCGUUUAGCCUGUGUCAACAUCACCCCUGCAUUGAACUCCUCCUAAAUUGACCUCUCACAUCUAAAUUGGUUUUUGAUCCGACCAACAUCCAUUCCUCCUCUUACCUCGCAUACGGAUGCCCUCAAUCACUCUGACGGAUGCUAUCAUUGUUGUUAGCUACGCACCUCGACCCCUGUCUCCCUACUAUACCCUCUCUGGCCCGUAGAGUCUAAAUUGGGGCAUGCUAGAGCGUGCUGCAUCAUGCGCUGAACCAGUUUCACACCUCUUGGUUAAACGUCUGGAGCUCCCGUUGCGCUCCCGAAGAAGUCUUGGACCAUCAUUUUGGAAGCAUGGGCGAAACAAUAGCUUUCAGCCACCAUGGUGGCCACAUUAUCUCGACUCCGUCCGGGCUGAGCCUCAGAACAUAUCGUCCGUCGACCGUGUAGACCGAACUACUUCCUCGUCCAGGCCUACCUCCAUUACCACGAGAUCCAACCUUCGCACAGUAUCCGACUCCAGAAAUUCCAAAUACCAUACCCAAAGUAGCAGACGGGACCGACAGUCAUCUUCCUUGAAUAAACAGCACAAUGACACAGCGACGGUUGACAGUAAAGGACUUGCAGACCAUGGGGAUACAAAUCCAGUUCAGAAAGAUCUCCAACCCUCGGCCCAGCCGCCACAAAGUACCUUCGAAGGCCUUCCAGAGGCACAAGAGUCAUCCACAACGGAGGAAUCGCCAUAUCGAGGCGAAGAAGACGAAGAGCCAAUCGAUGCGCCGAGGGCCCUUCAGGGCAUUUUGAGAUACCUUUCAAAUACGCCCGAGCAAGUCCAUGACACCUCCCUCUUAGACAAGAUGGUCUACCUCUUUCGUCAACUUACCGAUCAAGGAGCAUUUGGGUCUGAGGUGCUAUCAGCCUUGGCCUCCUACGGCUAUCGAGAGCAUGCGGACACUGCUCUUGCGGCCUUUCGUGCCAUUCACCGCGACCAACGGACCAAACAGGACUACAACAACGCCGUCUUGAUCUCCGUUCAUUCCAAUAUGUAUCGCUCAGCCCAAGCAAUAAACCUAGAAGCAACAGAUGCCGGUCUCAAUGAUACAUGCAGUCCGCUGCUUCUUCUUUACAGUGUAUCUCGACGACUGUGGAGAACCGCCGCCAGCGUUUGGCAGACUUCAUACCAUGAUCAAUUUCUCUUGUCUUUGAAAAACCCUGCAGCGGACGAAAAACUCCUGGCCGCCGUGUCCAAGGACCAAAAUCUCCCCGCAGCUAUCUUGAGAUUGGAGAAGUUGUUGUCCGCGAGAUCACUUAUGGUCUCACCAGACCAGGGUGCUCUUAUGAGCUUGAGCCGGAAGCUUCUUCGUCUCCUUGUCUCAAGUGGAGAUCUAAUGAGCGACAUCACUCCCAAAGGUCUGCUCGAGAUCCUGGAUACUUUUUCGCCUCCUCCCAAUGUCCACGGCCAAGCUCUACAAACACUUUUGAAAUUAGCAAAGCGUCCUGACAAGAGUGGCCUCUCAGUCCUGAUCUAUCGCCACAUGCGUAAGCUCCACCCGGGGGUCUUGCCCUCUCGUGCCACACUUGGUAUUUUGAUAUCCCUUCAUUGCGAUGAGGAGGCCACGGCCGAUGUUUUGCAGGGUUUGCUUGCCGAAUUUGCUGAACAUCAUGGUAUGGCUGAUAAAUCAAGCUACCAACUCGUCUUGUCGGCGCUUUCCAAACAAUCUGAUAUUGAUGGGGUACAGAACGUCUUUCUUGAUCUAUGUCGUGUUCACGGCCGACCCGAAGAAGCGGCGUUCUACACCCCGCUGCUCUACGCAUACGCGCGCAUUGGCGACGUACAAGGUGCGGAAAGGGAAUUGAAACGGAUGGAAGAAUGGAACAUAAAGCCCACGGCAUAUUGCUGGAACAUCCUGCUUUAUGCCUAUGCAAGAUCCACCCAUCCAGAAGAAACUCUGAAUCGUUUUGCGGCUUUGACAAAGCAAGGUUUCCAACCUGAUGUUGUCUCAUUCGGUACUUUGAUGGCUCUGCAUUCCCGAAAUGGAGACACGGAUGCCUUGCUUGACCUCAUUGAAUUGGCGCAAAAAUCUGGCAUCCAAGGGUCUUACGAAAUUAUUGCUGGUCUUGUCCAGUCUUAUUGUCUCAAUGACCAGAUCGACACCGCUGUCAGGCUUGCUUCGGUGGUGACUGAGGCCAAGUUUGCAGGGUCUCCCGUCAAAAUCUGGAAUCAUAUUCUACGUUAUUAUGCAUUUCAGGCAAUGCCUGAUAAAGCCUUGGAGGUCCAGGAGAAGAUGAAAGAGCUCGGUGUGGUACCUGAUGAUAUGACCUACGCGGCAUUGAUGUCUGGCCUUGUUGUCAUUGGAAAGACCACGGAUGCUGCCCAGAUUUUGAGAAUUCUCAACCUUAGUUCUAGGCUUGACGCAACCCGCUUUCACUAUGCCAUCAUUCUGCACGGCUAUGCCAUGGAGGGCAAUCGUGACAUGGUCCAGGUCAUAUAUAAGGAGAUGCUCCAUCGGUUUUCACGCGUUGGAGCAAGCGCAAACAUGACGAUGCUCCGAUUCCGGGCCAAGCUUGACCUCGCUGAAGAUGGUGAAGACUUGACGGCCACCUUGGAUCAGUUGAUGGAGAUUAUGACUGAAGACCCGCAGCCGGAUCGCGCAUCCAAAACUCCACAGCCUGGGCUCCACCGACAAAGACCUAUCGAUGCAGUCCCGUCUGCUUACUUCGAACUCGUCGCACAUCUCUUGACAACAAAAGGACGCUACAGACAAGCUAAUCGGCUCAUGCAACGAGAUUUGUCACUUAAACGAUCAUCAUACCCCAGCCUUCAGGGAGAGCGAUCUGUGUCGCUCGAUUUCCUGACGAUAAGCAUGAAGAUUCUUUGCUCCCAACAAAAGUGGACUGCUGUCGAAGAGGCCUGGAAUGAAAUUUUGACCGUCGCCAUUCCCUUCGCUCAGCAUGUCCCAGUGGCUAGUAGGCUGCAGGGCGUAACAACGUCUCACGGGCAACUACAGGUGGAGGACUCAGCGGAAAUGCCAAUGCCAUCUUCGAAAGAGAUUCGUGCGCUGAAUGACAGAGACACCGAGUUCGCAUCUAUGAUUGCUGAGUCACCAUCGAACUCCCCGCUCGCUCGACCCGACUUGCAAAUCUUACCCUCACAACGAUUCCUGAUUGCAGGUGCGAUCACGCAAUAUAUUUCAGCAUUGCGUCAGCAGACUCUUUUUGACGAAGCUAUUGCUGUUGUAAGGCGACUGGAGGAAGUUGGUUUUGCCUUGACCAGCAAAAACCUCAACUUCUACAUUCAGACCUUGACUCAAUCGCCCGACCUCAACCAUCAAAUCCUCGCUUUUUCUCUCUUUGAGAACAGGCUCUUACCGAAUACACCACCUUGGACACACCUUAGACGCGGCAAGUGGCUAUCCCCCUCUUCGUUUUCAGAUGGAGAUCAGGAGGCGAGCUCCCUCCAUAUUGUCAGCAGGAGGUUCGAAGAACAACGAAGACCUGGCCAGCUCAUGCCAACGUAUUGGACGACGGUGUACUUGGCUACCGUCCUUCGUAGGUUUCGGCGCCUUGCAAGACGAGACGAUGCGAACAAGAGCUUGCUUUACGAGCUUCUGGAAAAGGCCAAGGGGACAUUUGCAUAUAUCAGCCAGCUACCUUAUCACAGAGACCGUAUUCAGGCACUUCUUCUUCGCAAAAAGCAGUUCAUUAUUGGCGACAUUCCAAAACGUACCCGCCAAGCCACCCCAGCCAACCGGUCCGGAGUACUUGAGAGUCAGUCACCUGUGGACCACGUUCCUGUAGACAACCUGGCUACAGUUGAGGAAGACAUCCAAAGUACGACGGACAAUUCGCACGACGACCAAGGUCAAGGUCAAGGACCGCGCUCCAGCAUUGAUCAGAUGGAGAUAUAUGAGGGACAGAUUCCGCGAGGUGUUACAUUCCAGGAACGACAGGGUCAGUUCGAAACCUUGGAGACAGCACAGUAUCGGGUUAGUCGCAAAGAGAGGCGCUUGCUGGAAACGCUCAGAAUUAUGCGUCACGAUAUUACGCUACCUCGAAUCAUGAGCAGUCGCCGCUUUGGUCGACCAUCAGCAUUGCCGACAGUGAAGCCUGGGCAACCCACACCACAGAGGUUGGCAGGUCAAUCUCUGUUCAAUCCUAGGUUCACCAGAUUAGAAUCGAGGGACCGAGAGAUACAGCGUCAACGUCAACAGCGACUGGCGAUGUUGGAUGACAUGAGCAAUCGAAGCCACCCACCACCUCUAGAAUUCAGGAAGUCUCGUGUAUCUGUCCGCGACACAACACAAGACGACGUUUUGGCCGACUGGUCUGAUUCUGAGUCCCAACCGGCUAGGGCAUGGUCUCGACGGUUAUUGCGGUAUGCUAAAUCUUCUGAUUCGCCACUCGAGGUCAAACUUACGGCUCAAAUUCCACGCAUUCCGCGCACGAACAGGAUGAAACGCUCCUUCACGCGAAACCGCUUGCGGCGAGAGGGCAAACUCGUGGACGACGACCUGAAGGAGGAGAGCAGUAACGCACAAGAUGACAAUGAUGAGGCAACCCAUGAGGCAGAAGAGACCGAAGAUUCGAACGACGUUGAGUGAGAGAUGAUCAACGCAUGUUCCAGCUUCCAUUGUGACGCCGAAGAAGAAUAUUUUGCAGUUUCAGGAAGCGUCUGGUUUCUACUUGAACAGCAUCUACCCCAUGUUCAGGCAGAUGAUCCAGCUUGGAAAUAUUAUUGUGCCAUCACUUGUACUAACAGAGGAAAGAUCAGUUAUACUGGGCUUUGGAAAUAUGCUGGGAUCUGUGGAUUCCAUCUCAGUUCCUACAUCUCAAGAGGCUCAUACGUCAAGAUCAUGUAUUAAUAACAUAGACGCAGCAGAAGGGAGGGUCAUGAGCGGGGAUGUAUGUGUGUGUGUGAAAGAUAUAGGCACCAAGCUGUGAAUAUUUCCAGGCAGACUUAAGAGGGCUUGGUCGUUCUGCUACUCCUACAACAAAUGUAUAAAUCCACUAUCUACGAGACCUCCAGUAUGAGGACAUGGUGAAUAGGAAGAUGGAUAUUCAUGUCACGUGAGAUACACUGGAGCCUCGAGCCAAAGUGCUCACGUGCUCUGGCGUUGGCGUCGCGAUCAACGCGUAGGCCCUUAAUAUUCAAUGUUGAGUCAACCGACAAUCAGGCAAGAAAAGCAACUUCAAAGUAUAAUACGAGGGGGCUUGAUGGCGAUGAACAAAAAGGUAUAAUGCCAGCUAUCAAUCUAGGAAUGACCACAUGUGUGUAAAGCUUGACAGAGGAAAUUA